GGAGGCGGCCCUGUGCCGGCUCGCCCCAGCCUGUCCCUCCGCCUCCUCCUCCCUCCCCUCAAGGUGUGUCUCUGGGCUCCACCGCUGCCUGUCCCACUGCCCGGCAGACGCCACCGAGAGGCUACCACCGCAGCCCCUGACCCUGAGACAGACCCGCCAAGCGCCUGCCAUGGACGCCGCCGAUGCCGCCCGGAGCAACGGGGCCAGCCCGGAGGCCAGGGAAGCCCGCAGCCUGCCAGGCCCCGUGGGCAGCCCUGAGAACGGGGCCAAGGCGGACAGUAAAGACGCCAAGGCCACCAACGGGCACAGCGGGGAGGCGGCUGAGGGCAAGAGCCCGGGCAGCACCCCGAAGCCAGGGGAGGGGAAGAGCACCCUGUUCCUGGGGAGCGAGUGGCGGCGGCCCAUCAUCCAGUUCGUGGAGUCGGUGGACGACAAGGGCCCCAACUACUUCAGCAUGGACUCCGGGGACGGCAAGCGGUCCCCCUACGCUGGGCUGCAGCUGGGGGCCGCCAAGAAACCACCGGUCACCUUUGCCGAGAAGGGGGAGCUGCGCAAGUCCAUCUUCUCGGAGCCCCGCAAGCCCGCCCUGGCCAUCGGGGAGCCCGGGGACGCCAGGAGGCACAGCUUCCCCCGGGCGGACCCGGGCAGCCUGCCGCGCGCCAAGCCGGGCGCCGAGGAGGUCCUGUGUGACUCCUGCAUCGGCAACAAGCAGAAGGCGGUCAAGUCCUGCCUGGUGUGCCAGGCCUCCUUCUGCGAGCUGCACCUCAAGCCGCACCUGGAGGGCGCCGCCUUCCGCGACCACCCGCUGCUGGAGCCCAUCGGCGACUUCGAGGCCCGCAAGUGCCCGCUGCACGGCAAGACCAUGGAGCUCUUCUGCCAGACGGACCAGACCUGCAUCUGCUACCUGUGCAUGUUCCAGGAGCACAAGAACCACAGCACUGUGACCGUGGAGGAGGCCAAGGCCGAGAAGGAGACAGAGCUGUCCCUGCAGAAGGAGCAGCUGCAGCUCAAGGUCAUCGAGCUCGAGGACGAAGCAGACAAGUGGCAGAAGGAGAAGGACCGCAUCAAGAGCUUCACCACCAACGAGAAGGCCAUCUUGGAGCAGAGCUUCCGGGAGCUGGUGAGGGACCUGGAGAAGCAGAAGGAGGAGGUGCGGGCCGCGCUGGAGCAGCGGGAGCAGGACGCCGUGGGCCAGGUGAAGGUGAUCGUGGACGCCCUGGACCAGCGGGCCCAGGUGCUGCAGGAGGACAAGCAGACCCGGGAGCAGCUGCACAGCAUCAGCGACUCGGUGCUCUUCCUGCAGGAAUUUGGCGCUUUGAUGAGCAAUUAUUCCCUGCCCCCGCCCCUGCCCAGCUACCGUGUGCUGCUGGAGGGGGAGGGCCUGGGGCAGGCGCUGGGCAACUGCAGGGACGACCUGCUGAACGUGUGCAUGCGCCACGUGGAGAAGAUGUGCAAGGCCGACCUGAGCCGCAGCUUCAUCGAGAGGAGCCACGCGGAGAACGGUGGGUCCCUCGCGGGCGACCCGAGGCCGUGGGCACUUUCCUCUGUCAGUCCUGCUGCCUGUGCGGCUGGCACCCACCGAUGGCCCCUCAUUGUCCCCAGCCACCAUUGCACCUGCGGUAUUGGUACUAGGAUUCCGGGAGUGCAGUCCCCGUUGAACUUGCUGCCAAAGGCAGGCAGCCUCUGCAAGGGGCCUCGGGGCAGGGCCGCCGGGCCGCCGGCUCCCACCUGUCUCCCUGUGGUCGCCCGUCAGGCUCGGGCGCUGCAUCUGAUGCCAGCCCAGUCCAGCAGCUGGGUGGGUGCUGCCCCUUCUUUUUUAAAAACUAUUUUAUUGAUUCAGAGAGGAAGGGAGAGGGAGAGAGAAACAUCAAUGAUGAGAGGGAAUCAUGGGUCGGCUGCCUCCUGCACGGCCCCCACUGGGGACCGAAUCCACGACCCGGGCAUGAGCCCUGACUGGGAUCGAACCGUGACCUCCUGGUUCGUAAGUCGACGCUCAACCCCUGAGCCACGCCGGGCGGGCUGUGCUGACGCUUGUAAGGGCUCUGCAGACCUCGGGAGGUGGGCCUCGAGCCGCACCUGGGCUGGAGAGAGAGCCUGCCCGUCACCUGUGCUGAGUCCUCUGCGCUCAGGGGCUGGGCCGGGCCUGGGGGCCAGCGGGGCCAGCGGGACACAGCAUGUCCUGGUGACUCACAGCUCUCCUGACGGCAGCGUCUCUUCUGAAUCAUGCUCCACCCACAGAGCAGCCCCACCUUCUGCGAUGACAGCUCUUCCCCUUUGCUUCCCAGGGGGGGCCAGGACGUCGUACCAGCCCGUGUCCCCCAGCCGCCUCCCCAAGGACACCAACCAGAAGAACUUCAAUAAUCUCUAUGGCACCAAAGGUAACUACACGUCGCGAGUGUGGGAGUACUCCUCCACCGUGCAGGGCCCCGAGGACCUGCCCCUGCCCGGGCUCCAAGGCGGCUCCUCCUUCUCUCUGAAAGGCUACCCCUCCCUCAUGCGGAGCCAGAGCCCCAAGGUCCAGCCCCAGACUUGGAAAUCUGGCAAACAGACUUUGCUGUCUCACCACCGGCCAUUCUACGUCAACAAAGGCAACGGGAUUGGCUCCAACGAGGCCCCGUGAGCUCCAGAGGGAACGAGGCACCCCCCUCCCGCUGUCCCUGCUGCUCUUGCUACUGUCGCGGCUGCAGGAAGGCCGGUGCUGUGCCUGCCGUCCCCAGCCCUCUGCCCGCCCCCAGGGCCAUCCUGGCCACCCCCCUCCCCUUGGCCACACUCCACCCAGGCCGCUCUCCUACGUCCGGUUUCUAACGGUCGCGGUCUUCGUUCUGCUCAGCAGCCAAGCAUCACGGGGGUGGGGGACAAGUGGGCUUCUCUCCCCGACCCCCCACCUUUCUCUUCAGUGGGACUAGCGGUGGCUGCCACAGGGGAUCAGCCUGCCUCCUGUCAGGCCUGCUGCCCUUAGGAUGGGCCCUGCUCUCCAAGCCCUGGCCCCAGGCUGCGAGCAGUGGGUGCCUGGCCCAGCCCUCACUUCCCACCGGCGGGGGCCCAUCCAGGAGAGACUUGCUGUGCCCUGCCCUGGCCCUCCCUGUCCAGGCCC